GAACUAACACACAUAGUUGAAACUGAACUACAACAACAACAGUAAUAACUGAUGUAUUAACUCAGAUCUAUAUAUACAAAAACUCUCAAAGUCUGUCAAGUUGAAAGUUGAAUAAAGAGUGGCAGAAUGAGAAGAGUUAUUGGCUUUACCUUUAAUAGUUGAGCAGAUUGAGCGUGAAAUUUCAAAAUUUGAAUUCAAAAUCAGAAUUGAAAAGGGAUUUACGUUAUUUUUCUCUCAUUCAGUUCCUCCUCUUCUGUUUUUCUUCUCCUUCUUCUUCAGAUCUCUUUAUCACCGGAUAGCUUUUCUGUCAUUUGGUGGUGGUGGAUACAGAGGAGGAAGCGGUGAAAGAGAGUAGAUCGAUGGAAAAAACUGAGCGGCUGCCACAGAAAGCACAUGCAGCGAGACUAGGCAAGCGGAGAGCACAGUAGCGGCGGCGACAAGAACAGAGCGGUGAGAUCUAUUUAUUUUCUGUCACGGUGAAAGGGACAAUAGCAGUGGUGGUAGGGUUACGGCAUUAGAAGAGGUUGCGGCGGCAGCUAUGGUGGUCGAGGAGUCUAAGGCAGCGGUGGGCCCAGUGGUCGCAGUGGAGUUCGUGGUGAUAGUUGACAUGGUGAUGGUGGAUAAGGUGGAGGAUGCGAUGACGGUCGUGCAUGCUACAGCCGUGGUGGGCUGGGUCAAGGAUCGCAACCAGGGAGGAGGCGGAUGCCGAGGUAGCUACGGCAGCGUUUGUGGCGGCGGAAGCUGCUACAACUAUGGGGAGGGCAUUUUGCAACAAACUGCACAACAAGUCCUCUUAGAAUUUAAAGGCAGCACCACCAGAUCACUCUCAAGAGGCACGCUCCCACCUCGGGUGAUUUCUUCUUUUUCCUUUUUUCUUUUUCCAAUGACAGAUUGGUGAUGGUUUGUGAUGAAGAGUUGUGUGUUCCUUACUAUUUGAUCUGAUGUAUAUAUUUGUAAUGUUGUUAUUGUUGUUGUUGGCGUCUUUAUCUGGUGUGGAGCCGUUGAUGCAGAGAAUCCAGAACCACACUAUUGUUGCCUGGAUUCUAAUUGCCCUUCGCCAAAAGGGUGUGGGAGCAAGAUGAAUCCAAUGACAUGCUGAUUUCAAAGCAUCAACAUGAUCAAGAACUUGGAAAUGAACAGAUGAGGUUGCAAUUCAAGCUAGGCGAAUGCAGGGUUAUUUUAUGGGAAGCAGGUGCUUAGCACAGGAUGCCCACAAGAUGCAAAAUUUACAACUCAAUUUCCCAAGUUGGGAGAGCGUCUGGCAAAAAAAAAAAAAAGAGAUAGCGGCAGAUGCUCCGGAGCUAUUUCCGUUGAGCAGCAGAGAUGAAAAAAAGGUCAGAGGUGACGAUGGUUGUUGAUGCAGCAGAGACGAAGAACAGUGGCAGCAAUGAGUUGUGAGUUGUGUUGCUCCCGUCAUUGAAGAAGGAGCAGCUAGCGGCAAGUUGACCAUACCGGUGAAGAUAACGCAGAGAUCUGAGAUCCUGUCGUCCGCCAUGUUGCAGAGGUAAUUUACUUUUUUAAAGGUUAGAAUAGUCACACAAAUAAAACUAUUGAAGUGUUUCUUUGACCGUUAAACUUCAUCGGAAGAUUGGGUUUCAUAGAUUUGAGAAACAAGAACACAUUUCUUUGAGCAUUUCACCAACCCUCCCUCUCCGAUGCCGCCGCGCCUCUUCGCUCCGCUGCUACCUGUCGUUGCUUGUUGCCCCGUCACACUCGCGCCGCCGUCCCUCCGUCCCCUGUUUCAAAUUGAAAACACGUCGUAGCACCUCCUUCUCCGUAUGAAUCUCCGGCAAUUUGUCACAUGAACUAUUAGGAGUGCUACUUUAAUUUGCAACACAUGAUUUCACAGUUCAUUAGUCUUGCAACAUCGAAUAAAUUAAUAUCUUCAGCGUUUCAGUGAUGUCGAUUAUCGGAGCAGAUAUGCAGACUCUUGGUGAUUCUCGCUUGAUCCUCAUCUUCCUCUCUUCGAGUCUCAAUGGAAUGCUUUCUAUCAAAACCAAGAGUUAGUUUUGCUUCUAUUUCACUGAAUAUAUGCACACACGUCAAGCAAAAAUUGGAAAAGAGAUAGCUAUUUUCUCAUUUGUGACAUUAUCAGAGGUAAUAUGCAAGCCUUCUGUAUAAGCCUCUGAGCAAAAUUGUUUUACUCUUAGGUAUUAGUGAUGAUGAAGCUGGUUAUUGAAUGAGUUCUGGUGCUGUGGACGCAGUUGAACAUGUGUUGGAGUUUGUGACUGAUUCUCUUGAUCAAUUUGGAAAGCUUGCUGAGGUGGUGAUUGCUGCGAUAUCUGUGAAUGCAUUAAAGUAGCAGUCCUGUUUGGAAAGUUCUGUGGUUGCUGAAAUUGGAGUAAGGAAGAAGGAUGCUGUUUAGAAGGAUCCUGAAGUGCCGCCCCAGCUACAGCUUGAUACAUGUCUGUUUGCAUAUUCAGCAUGGAUGGAUCAAACCUUGGCUGCAUCCAAGGACUAACUCCAAUCCCCUGAAAAUUUAGAGACUGAAGACACCCCUGUCGGCGUCUCGCAGCCACAUCAGUGGAGAACUCAUACCAAAAUCUUCGUCCUUCAAUCCUGCUAGCAUUUCAUGGGGAGCAGAAUGAGAAUUUCUUAUUGUUUUGCAAUGUUGAAAUGAAAUGGUCUAUAGGAGGAGGCAAGCUGCUUUGGUUUUACCCGCUAUAUGUCUUUAGCAUGGUUCUAAGCAUCAUCUGGUAUAAUGACAUUGCCAAGUUUGGGUAUGCUGCAAUGGGACGAUCCAAGUUCACAGGAGAGAAAGACUCGAGCCAAAGCAAUUCUCCAACUUGACAAAAUGCUAGUCAGUUAUGAGCUUGGGGGCAGCAGCAACAGAAGAAGAUGCAAAUCUCAUAGCCAAAUUAUUUGGAUCAAUUGGCAAAAUAUGGAAAGCUGAUGAAAAGUAUUUUGAUGCUGUAACUGGUCUGAGGGAGUCCCGCGCUCCAUUGUGAAAAGCUCAGCAAGAGCCUCAAGAUCAAGUUCUUGAUCAUGGCCUUCCUCAUUUCUACUUCAUCCUCAACAAAACAACUUCUUACUCCCAUAGAUGAAAAGCUUGAUGACACCAAUUUCAACACAUGGCACCAUCAAGCAUGGCUCACAAUUCAGAGUCUUUCAAUGGAGACUCAUCUUGAUUGGGCUAAUGCUCCUAACAGAUUUGAACCCGUGACGAAGUCUCUGCCUGAAGCAGCAUCCAAGGUUGAUGCAACCACCAAAUCUGAUUCUGCAAAAGAUACUCCAACAGAUCUGCUUCAAGAAACUGAAGCAUUCAAGAACUGGAAGCAAGAUGAUCUCUCCCUUACCAGAUGGCUCAUGGCUUCAAUGACUACAUCAUACAAGAACAAGAUCGUUCAUUGUGCCCGUUUCUGUGAUGCGUGGACUAGGAUCAUCACCUACUUCUCCUCAACCUCCAAGACAGGAAUUCAGAGCUUGAAAUCUCAAUUAAAAUGCGUCAAGAAAACAGAGUUAAUCUUUGCUGACAUAAAAGAGGAAUCCACCAUGGAGAAGAAGAAUGACAAGAGCAAGAGCAUUCAGGACAUCCUCCCUCUUGAGCUGAUUCUCAGAAUCCUACUGCGGGUUCCGAUCAGACAUCUUGCUCGUCUUAAGUGCGUUUCCAAGCUGUGGUACUCUGUAAUUUCUGAUCCUGACUUUGCGGAAUUGCAUUUUCACCACUCUCCCGCUGCCACCAAUGCAUGCUUCUUCAUAGAAAACAACCUGGCAUACUUUAUUUACUUAGAUGACAAUGAGGCAUCACAAAAAGUGGUGUCCCCUUUCAAGAAGAAACCACCUCAUUUUGCUGACUUGGGAUCCUGCAGAGGUUUUAUUAUUUUGUAUGAAGACCCUCAUUUUCUUGUGGUAUGGAACCCACUGACUGGAUUCAGCAAAAGAAUAUCCUAUCGUCAUAAAUACCGCGAGUUCCAUCUCUAUGGAUUCGGUUAUGAUGCUUCACAGGAUGACUACUUAGUUUUUAUAGCUUGGCAGGAUAAGGAUGACCAUUAUCAAUUGGAUUACUUCUCCUUGAGAACCAAUUCAUGGGUUAAUCUUGAUGCUGUACUCCCUAAUCCCUUGGGUUCUUAUAACUGGCAUUCUCGUGGGUUCUUCUUUAAUGGCGCUAUUCAUUGGGUGCCUACGGUUCUUGAUGCUUACAAGGAUGUGAUUCUUAGCUUUGAUCUUAAGGAAAGGACUUUCUCAAUGAUAUCUGCCCCGGAACAGGUAGCGAGUUCAUGCUCCUGUCCAGGUCUCGCCCUACUAGGAGGCUGCCUAGCCUUGUAUUAUCGCAAUUAUGAUAGCCUACAAACUGAGAUAUGGGUGAUGCAAGAAUAUAAAGUGCACUCAUCUUGGACUCUCUAUCAGAUUCCCUGUGAUAUCUUUCAGCCGCUGUGCUUUUCCAGUAAUGGUGAUAUUAUUGGAAGAGGUUGUAAUUUUUCUGAUAAAAUAGGUUACUUCAUAUAUAAUAUCAGAGGAGACCAGCUCAAGCAUUUUAAAGAUCUUUGUUGUCCCUAUCAUGGAGCCUAUGCUCUGUACACAGAGAGUCUCUUGCCACUCCCUAGCGACAUUAUGGAUAAGGACAAGAAGAACUAAUUGAGCUUGCAUAUUCAUGGACUGUGACAGAAAAAUGUGAUGUUUAUAGUUUUGGAAUAGUGGCAAUGGAAACAUUGAUGGGAAGGCAUCCGAGAAAGCUAAUCUCAUCUUUAUUUGACACUUUUCCACAAAACAUGUUGUUGAAAGAUCUGUUUUUCUCCUGUAACAAUAGAUUUAAGAUACAACUUGUUGAAUGGAAGCAUAUUUUCUUACUCUGGUUAUGUUGUUAACCUUAACUAUAGUCAUAGUUUGGAUCUUUGAUUAUAAUGACUCCACUGGUAAAUUGCACAAAGAACGUGCUAAUCCUAGAUACAUAAACCUUUCAUGCAAUUCCUUCCUUUACUUU